AUGGUUCCCCCGCAAGUCGAACGAUUCAAAAAGAAGCCACUUGACAACAACACCCCUCUUGAUUUGCUGGUCAAGCUUGCAUUGACACAAGAUGGCCAAGAGGCCAGCAUCAAAUUGCAACAAAAGCUCAAGAGCCAAGACGCUGCACAAAGAGAGGCGGCAAUGGAUGCAAUCACACCACAUUUGCAUCAAUUGGCAUACUGCAGACACGGCAACUUCCUGGCUCAACGUGCAAUCAGUUUGAAUCGUUCGUUGGGCUGGACGUUCGCAGAUACUUUUGUGAAGCUUUCGUUAUCUCAAUAUGGCUGUCAUGUUGUACAAAAGCUCUUGGAUCUUGGCAGUGAAGACGUUCGUGAGCUGAUCGCGAACGAGCUCUUGAACGAGAAAUUGGAAGAAACGAUUGCAAGCCGCCAUGCGAUUCAUAUCUGGCAAAAGGUGUUGGAUACUCAGUGGCAAGAGGCUGGAAUGCGCUCAAAGAUUGUCAAUACACUCAAUGAAGUCCUGCGUGGCAAGUGGGCAGAUAUUGCCUUGUCCGAAACUGGAAGUCUCAUUUGUCAGAACCUGUUCGAAAGCGGUUCUGACGCUGAGACAGAAGAGUGCAUGUUGGAAGUGGUCGAUCGCGUUUGUGAAUGCGCGAUGGGUCAAUGGGGCGUUUGGGUGGUGCAAUAUAUCAUUGAGCAUGCAGGCGGUGAAGUGAAGAAGAAAGCACUCGACCAGAUGCUCUCUGAAGCAACACGAUUGUCAAUGUCGCAACACGGACAAAAGGCAAUAAUGACUGCCAUCAGAGCAAGGAACCCUUCUUUCCUUGCGGCAUACAUCGACAUCUUGUGUGAAAAUGAAGUGGCCUGCCCAUGCCCAGAGGAAAAUGUUUCUUCUACGCAUAAUGCAUCAAGUCGUCGUUCGGUCUUGGUGGACGUUGCAACCUGUACACAUGGUGAUCAAAUCGUAACACAACUUCUGACCUCAUCCACCAUUGAACAACGCGAGCGUAUCAUCAAGACCGUACGCAAGAACAGCGUCUUUCUCAAAGGAUCGAAGGCUGGACUCAGGAUCUACCAACUUUGUGAACGCGCUCGCGCAUUUACUGGCUAUUGA